AUGCCAGAAGACGGAAUUCCAGGAGCGCUUGAGAGCCAUUGGGAGGUCAACCACAACGGGUCAAAGACAAGAGCAGGAGCCGAAACUGUCACGGAUCGGCGGUGGAAACCUUCCGCCCGCACAGCCCUCCCUCUUCAGCCUCCUCCUCAGCCUUCGCCCGCACAAGCCUCGCCCCGUACACAGCCUCCUCCUAGGCCUCAAGCCCCGCAAACAGCCUGCUCCUCAGCCUCGCCGAGCCGCACAGCCUCCUCCAUCAGCCUCGCCCCGCCCAGCCUCCCUCCUCAGCCUCGCCCGCCAGCAGCUCCUCCUCAGCCUGCCCCGACGACAAAAGCCUGCCUCCAUACAGCAACCUCGCCCGAACGCAAACAGCCUCCUCCGUCAGCCCCGCCCCGCAAACAGCCCUCUUCCUCAGCCGUGCGCCGGACCAGCAACAGCCUCCUCACCUCAGCCUCGCCCCGGACAAAGCCUCCUCCUCAAAAGCCUCGCCACCCAAACAGCCUUCCUCCUCAGCCUCGCCCAGCACAGCUCGCACUCCUCGCCUCGCACCCGCACGAAGCCUCGCAUCGGCUCAAGAGACAUCUGCCCCCGCACAAGGCCCACCCCCCUUCCCACCCCCUCCCCCACACCCCUACCAUAACAGCCUUCACCCCGCAGCAGCACUCCUCCUACACUCAGUCCCGCACAGCCUCUCUCCUACAGCCUCGCCCCGCCACAGCCUCACUCCUGCAGCCUUCGCCCCGCACAAAAGGGCUAACUCCUAGCCUCAAGCACCCGCACAGCCUCAAUCUAUCAAGCCGAUCGCCCCCGCACAGCCAGUCUCUCUCAGCCUCGCCCCGCACACCCAUCUUCAGACCGUCGCCCGUCGCACAGCCUUUCUCACUCAGAACCAUCGCCCGCACAGCCUCGCUCCUCAGACCUGCAGCCCCGCACAGCUCCUCUCAACCUCGCCCCGGCACAGACAUCCUCCUCAACCUCGUCGCCGCACAAGCCUACCUCCCUCCAAGCCCUCGCCCCGCACAGCCUCAUCUUCAGCCUCGCCCCGCAGCAGCCCCUCCCUCAGCCAUCGCCCCGCACAGCCCCUCCUCAGGCCUCGCCCUCACAAAGCCUCUUCGUUACAGCCACGCCAGCCAGCCUCCUAACUCGCCCUCACGCCGCAGACACAGCACUCCAAUCCUCAAUCACAGCCACUCGAAAGCCCGAACCGAGCUACCACUCCGUGCAGCACUCGCACCCGCACGCCUCAAUCUUCGGAAAGCCUCAGACCCGCACAGCGCAUCAGUCACUCAGACCUACGCCCAGAACACACAGACCUCAACCUCACUCAAGCCUCGCUCACAAAAGCUCUAUACUCGAGCCUCGCGCCCGCACAGCCUCCUCCUCGGCACUCGACACCGCACAAAGAAGAGAAAAAAAAAAGACUCCUACUCGAGACGCUCGCCACCAGAAACCCAGAGGACACGAGCCUCAAAAAAACUCCUGCAGCACUAG